AUGGUCCAAUUCAAGACCGCUCUCGCAGCCAGCGCUCUGCUCGCCUCGACGGCCCUUGCUGUCACCCCUGUCGUCAACGAUGGUCUUGACUUUGUCAACGCCAUUUCCGGCGCUCGAUUUCAGAUGAUCGGUGUGGCCUAUCAACCUGGUGGUGCCGCUGGCUUCAACCCUGGUAGUGGCAUCGACCCUCUCAGCGACGCCGAGGUGUGUCUACGAGAUGCUAUCCUCAUGCAAAGAGCUGGUAUCAAUACUGUCCGUAUCUACAACUUGGAUCCAGCCCUUGACCAUACUCAGUGCAUGUCUAUCUUUAAUGCAGCUGGUAUCUACCUGGUCUUGGAUGUGAACAGCCCACUUCCCAACGAGUCCAUCAACCGAGCUGCUCCAUGGACGAGCUACAACGCAGACUACAUGAGACGUGUCUUCCAGAUCAUCGAAGCAUUCAAGAACUUCAACAAUACCCUCGGCUUCUUCUCCGCCAACGAGGUCAUCAACGAGGAAUCUGAUCCCUCCGUCCCACGCUACAUUCGAGCCGUCACUCGUGAUAUAAAAGAUUACAUUGCUGCACACUCGUCCCGUCAUAUUCCUGUUGGCUAUUCUGCUGCCGAUGUCCGCCCUCUGCUCGUCGAUACCUUCAACUACCUCAGCUGCAACUUGGCCAACUCUACCAAUUCAGGCAUGGACUUCUUCGGCCUCAACUCUUACUCAUGGUGCGGUGAUGCCAGCUUUGAGGAAGCCGGCUACAAUAUUCUGUUGGAGGAUUUGUCCAAUACCAGCAUUCCCAUCUUCUUCUCCGAGUAUGGAUGCAACCAAGUCCAGCCGCGAACCUUUACUGAGGUUGGCUCUAUCUACUCCGCACCUAUGACGAACAUCUUCAGUGGAGGUCUCGUCUAUGAGUACAGCGAGGAGCCAAACAACUAUGGUCUGGUCACUAUCAAUGGUGACAACUCGAUCGAGUUGAAGCAAGACUACCUGAACCUUGUCGACCAAUACGGCCGAAUCGACCUUGCUGCUCUGACUGCUGCCAACAGUACUGCCACUCAGAGGGAGCCACCUGCAUGUGCGGCAAGCAUGAUCAGAAGCAACCUGACUAACAGCUUCGAUGUACCAGCAAGAUUGCCCGAAGUUCAAGACAUGAUCAACAAUGGUGCUAACGGCACCUAUCCAACAGGUUUCGCUCAAGUCACAAACACCAACGAGAUCGCAACCGUCACAAACCCAGAUGGUAGCACACUGCAAGGUCUUGAGCUCCGAGUCCUGGCUGGUGACCAGAGCAACUUGCCAGGCGAGAAUACUAGUGGUACUACUGGCACUGCUGGUCCUGGCACUAGCCCAUCACCUACCAGCAGCGGAUCUAGCUCAACCGGUACAAACGCUGCUUCAUCCUCCAAGGUCAACACUGGUGCUGUCGUACUCGCUGCUUUGACACUGGGUUUCUGGGCUCAGCUAUGA